GUGGGCUUUUAGGGAGCGCCGUGAGGGCAUGGGAGGGUCCAGGGUGUAUUCAGUAUCCCGUCUCCCUUAGAGUCCGCCCGUCUCUGUCCGGCCGUCCUUGGGGCCUCUGUGGAUGUGAUGUAACUGCGUUAUAUUUAUGACUCCUGGCUCUUCUGCUUGUCCUUUUAUGGCGCACGUCAGUUUAAAUCAGUAUUUACAGCAAGUACAAGACACCAUUGACAGCAGAGAUGGACAUUUUUUUGCAGAAUUUGUAUCAUUUAAACAUCCACAUGUUGCAAACCCAAGGUUACAGCUUUCUUCUCCAGAGGAGAAGUGUCAGCAACUUUUGGAACCUCCAUAUGAUGAAAUGCUGGCAGCUCACUUAAGAUGUAUUUACGCUGUUGGAAACCAUGACUUUAUAGAAGCAUACAAAUACCAGACGGUUCUUGUCCAAUCUUUCCUGCGAGCGUUUCAGGCACAUAAAGAGGAAAACUGGGCUUUACCUAUUAUGUAUGCUGUAGCCCUCGAUCUUCGAGUUUUUGCUAAUAAUGCAGAUCAACAGCUAGUGAAGAAAGGGAAGGGCAAAGUUGGCGACAUGUUGGAAAAAGCAGCAGAACUGCUGAUGAGCUGUUUUCGAGUCUGUGCCAGUGACACUCGAGCAGGCAUUGAAGACUCCAAGAAGUGGGGAAUGUUGUUUCUUGUGAAUCAACUGUUUAAAAUUUAUUUUAAGAUCAACAAACUCCAUCUAUGUAAGCCCUUAAUUAGAGCAAUUGACAGCUCAAAUCUGAAGGAUGACUAUAGUAUGGCACAGCGAGUUACGUACAGAUACUAUGUUGGACGCAAAGCCAUGUUUGACAGUGACUUUAAGCAAGCUGAAGAGUAUCUGUCAUUUGCCUUUGAGCACUGUCACCGCUCAAGCCAGAAGAACAAAAGAAUGAUUUUGAUUUACCUGCUGCCAGUAAAAAUGUUGUUGGGCCAUAUGCCAACAAUUCAGCUCUUAAAAAAGUAUGACCUUAUGCAGUUUGCUGAAGUAACAAAGGCUGUGAGUGAAGGCAAUCUUCUCCUACUGAAUGAUGCUCUGGCAAAGCACGAGACCUUCUUUAUUCGAUGUGGAAUCUUUCUUAUCCUUGAGAAGCUGAAAAUCAUCACAUACAGAAAUCUCUUUAAGAAAGUAUAUUUACUACUUAAAACGCAUCAGCUGUCUCUAGAUGCCUUUCUGUUUGCCCUGAAAUUCAUGCAAGUAGACGAUGUUGAUAUUGAUGAAGUCCAGUGCAUUUUAGCUAACCUUAUAUAUAUGGGUCACAUUAAAGGCUAUAUAUCUCACCAGCAUCAAAAGCUUGUGAUACUCAGCUCGGCCAGCGAAGCUGCUUCCAGUCACCCCAAGAACAUUGUAAAUGGCUGGUUCAUGUCCAGGAUUGGAAUACCAGGAACUGUGUGUGUCUCCUUUCCCAGAGUGGCCAAGGCUGCCAGUGUUACAAAGUGCGUUGGAAUGAAAUGCUGACUUUUCAAUGACAUUUUCCACAGAUCGUUCAAAGAAUUUCAUGAGGAAAUAAAGCAAAACAUUCCAGGUUCUUUCCAAAGUACUUAAAAGCUUUUAUAAAGUCUUUGUUACAAUUUUUACAUUUAUCUUCCAGAGGGGAAAAGUAUCAUCCUUGUUACUUCUUUUAAUCCUUUCUUCAGACUGGAAAUUGUUUUCUUUCACAGUUUCAAUUUUUUUUUCAGUCUCUUCAGUAAUCUUGCUGAUAUUAAAUACUCUCUUCAGGCCUUCUGUAAAAACUAAGGAAAUGCUUGACACCAAAAAAGCUUUACUGUGGCAGUGAUACUUGCAGAUUCUAGUAAAUGUUGGAUUUUUGUCUAUAGGUGCCCACAGGUGGGUGUAGUCUUUUUAAUUCUGGCAAUACUUUGUUUCAUUUUUAUGAUGAACAGAAGCUUAUCUUAGUAACAUAUCCAUACUGUGUUUUAUUGUUUCUUGGGAAAACACUGCAACUGGAUCCAUUAUUUUAAGUGUUACUACCCUUGGGGAUUUUGUUUCUUUGAGUGUGGUAUGAGGUAAGUUUUUGCAUAGUAUGGGAUGGUAGUUUUGGGGUUUUUGAAAUUAUUUUUAAAGAAAAUAAAUUUUUUUUUCCCCUCUUUGAGAGCUGGGGUUUAUUUUACCCACUAACUGAUGUGGACAUGUUUCAUAAAGGAAAAUAUGGGUACUGUCUAUGAGGGGAAGCAUUUUUCAGUGUGAAGUGUGUCAUAUAUUAACAUAAGUGUUUAAAGGCUUGGAGUUCCUCUGGUCUUUGAGUUUUGCUUGUAUGAAUGCUGAAAUAACAAUAUGAAUUGACAAGAAUUAAAAACUCAUGUUCUCCUAGUAACAUUUAAAAUCCCAGCAAAACAAUGCUUUUUGAGUUUUAGGACAAACAGUUCUAGGAAACUUAAAGUUCAGUCAGUUUCUAGUAAAAUAACUAGGUUUACCACAUCAUGACUUUCACAGUACUGUGUGUCAACAGGAGAAGGAAAGACAAAUGGGUUUUCCUGUAUGAAUUGGAGUUAUAUAUAUGUGUAUAUAU